AUGAAAGUCAAUGGUGUAAUAUUUCUUUGUCUGUUAGCAUUCGUUCCUCAAUCGUUUGGUUUCAAUGCAUUGAUAAUUACUAAUGGUGUAGCUGGUCAUGUUAUUCCCAUGUUUGAAUUGGCAAAAGGAAUGCACGAUCAUAAUAUUACAUUUCUUACCGAUCGAUUGGCUGAAACUUAUAUUGAUUUUAAAACAUAUCCCAAUCUAUCUUCAUUUCGUCUGAUUUAUACAAAUGAUUCAAUUGAGGCAUUAGUUGAUCAAAAGAAAAUGGCAAGAGAAAUGUCUGAAUAUUUUUUUAAUCAUUCUCUCUUGGAUAGUCUAAUUCAUUUUAUGCCAAGAAUGAUUCAAAGUAUGAAUUUACUAUUGAACAAGAUUGUACAUACGUUAAUGAUGGAACGAUUUGAUGUGAUCAUUGCAAAUCGAUUCAUUUUUGGUAUAAAUGCAUUAUGUAAGGAAGCAAAUAUCAGUUGUGUAACACUUACUCCAACAGUAAUGUCGAGUAUGACUAAUAUCAAUCAGCCUAACAGUCACUCAUAUCUAACAUCAAAGCAAAUGUCAGAAUUAAAAUAUCGUAUCUAUAAUGUUGCUUUUGCUGUGCGUUUGUUAUUAUCUGUUGGAAAAAAAAUAAUUCCAGUCAUUAACCUAUUGUCAAAAUCAUUUCCGCAAGUACCUGGACCAUUUUUCAACACUUUUACAUUCAAAAAUAUUUUUUUGACAAAAUCAAAAUGUCUGAAUAUAAUCAAUGUUCCACCAACACUCUAUCCACCCUCCGAUUCGUCUCCGUAUACAAGAUAUAUGGGCGCAUUUGUAGAUGAAUCAUCUAUUAGUGACAUUGAUAAUGAACUUACAAGAUGGAUUAAAUCAAAGUCGAAUAAUUCUAUUAUUUAUGUAGCUUUUGGUAGUAGUGCUUUAAUAAGAUUUGAUCGAAUGAAAAGUUUGAUCUAUGGUCUAGGUGAAUUUCUAUUUCAAACAACUACUGCUUCUGUUUUAUUAGCAUUUCGUAAUUUUAAUUAUGAUUCUUAUCGUACAAUACUUGAUGAAAUGGUAAAUGUUGAAUAUAAACGUAUUUUCUUAGAUGAACAACGGGUUAAAGUUGAAAAUCAAUUUCUUGAUCAAAAAUGGAUAUUACGACAACAUAGAGUUAGUCUAUUCAUUAGUCAUUGUGGUAUGGGCUCAGUUACAGAAGGAUUGUACUUUCAAAAACUAAUAUUAUGUUUACCUUUAUGCAACGAUCAAUUUCCAAAUGCCUUCAUGAUCGAUCAAUUGGGAGUUGGACAAUCAUUGUUUGUUCCACCAUCUCCAUGGAAAUUAUUACUAAGACCGAAUAGUUUUCAUUAUUAUACUUUUACAGCGAGUAGUGUCACAAUCAAAUUAUUAACAAUGUGGAGAAAUAGUACUUAUGAGAAAGCCGCUCGGAUCAUGUCACUUGAAAUAAAACAUGCAGGUGGUGUAAAACGAGCGGUGGAAGAAAUUGAAUUUUUCGUUAGGUCCAAUGGUGAUUUAGAUCGAUAUGUACCAUUUCCGAGUACAUUACCGUUCUAUCAACGAUUUCUGUUGGAUAUAAUCUUUAUUUAUAUGAUUUUACCUAUGACAAUCAUGUUUUGCGUAUUUAUGAAAUGUUGCAAACGACCUCGAAAAGAAAAAAAGGAUUGA